AUGGCCGUGCAAAUGCAGGUUGUUGAUGCCUACGAAAUGGCAGGCCAAGUUUGGUACAACAUCAGGGUAGUGGAAAUGCAAAAGGAGUGGCUGGUCAAGAAGAGCUACGAUCAUUUCGUCAUGUUGGACGGCCAGCUGGCCGCCAGCAGUCCGAUUCAACGACUUCCGCUGCCUGAAAAGGGGGUGAUUGGCUUCCGUGCGAUGUUCAACAUCGGCAACUUCAAUGAGAAGCGUCGUGAUGGCCUGAACGCGUACCUGGCACACAUUGCCUGCCAACUUCAAUCCCUUGCCCAAGUGCCAAGCUUGCAGCAAUGGGUUCAACCUCCUUAUGGCUAUGCGCAACAGCCUGGUGUGAUGGCCACUGCUGCCCCAGCAGUGGCCGUGGCCGCCCCAGCAAUGGCAGCACCAGCAAUGGCAGCACCCGCAAUGGCAGUCCCAGUCGCAGCACCAGCGGUGGCCACGGCAGUUGCAGCCCCAGCAGUGCCAGUUGCAGCUGCAGCGGUGCCAGUUGCAGCUGCCUCAGUUCCUCCAGCAAUGCCAAUGGCUGCGGCCUCUACCCCAGCUGCUGCCACCGGGCCCAUGGCAGCCACCAUGGCAGCCCAAGCCUUGAUGGCCUCAGCCCCUCCACCAGCAGAGAUGGAGGCGCCCAUGGCUCCAGUGGCACCCCCAGUUCCUGUGCCACCUGCAGCUCCAGUGGUGCCGGUGCAAGGUGCUGUGCAAGGGCAAGUGGUGGAAGACAACCCUAUGCAGGUCAUGCAGCCGGAAGCUCAGCAGCCGAUUGCGCCUGGGCAAGCCGUGCCAGUUCAGAUGGGCGCAGUGCCAGCACAAGUACCAAUGCAAGCACAGGCUGUGCCGCAGAUGCAGGCAGCACCUAUGCAAGCCCAGGCAGUGCCAAUGCAGGCCCAAGCAGUACCAAUGCAGGCCCAGGCAGUGCCAAUGCAAGCACAAGCAGUGCCAACGCAGGCCCAAGCGGUGCCAAUGCAGGCCCAGGCAGCGCCAAUGCAAGCACAAGCAGUGCCAAUGCAGGCCCAAGCAGUGCCAAUGCAGGCCCAGGCAGCGCCAAUGCAAGCACAAGCAGUGCCAAUGCAGGCCCAAGCAGUGCCCGUGCAGGCACAGGCACAAGCAGUGCCAAUGCAAGCACAGGCAAUGCCAAUGCAAGCCCAAGCCAUGCCAGUUCAAGCCCAAGGGAUGCCAGUACAGGCGCAAGCAGUGCCAAUGCAGGCGCAGGGAAUGCCUAUGCAAGCCCAAGCCAUGCCGCAGUCCAACACAAACGGUGGUGGCUCCCAGCUCACAGCUGGCCUGGCGGGCGCUGGUUUGGGCGCUGCGGUGGGCGCCAUUGGAGCUGCCCUGAUGUCAGGUGGUCACGGUCACCAUGAUAGCCACAACCACCACAACCACCACCACCAGGGCCACCACGACCACUACAAUCACCACAAUCACCACAAUCACCACAAUCACCACAAUCACCACAAUCACCACAAUCACCACAAUCACGGCUUUGGGUUUGGCGGUAUGGACAUUUCCAAUAUGGGCUUUGGUGGAGGCUCGGAACGAUGCUACAAAUGCGAGGGCCGUGGCUGGUGCCAUGACUCCAGCAUGCGUCACGACAAGGAUUGGAACGAGAAGUGCUUCUUCUGCAGCGAAUGCAAUGGCUGCAACGGCUCUGGACACAUCAAGGGUGGUGGCGGUUUUGGUGGUGGUUUUGGCUUCGGUGGUGGAGGAGGACGCUGCUACAAGUGCGAAGGACGCGGCUGGUCUCAUGAGUCCUCCAUGGAUCACGACAAGCCUUGGGAUGAGAAAUGCUUCUUUUGCAGCAAAUGCAGCGGAUGCCAUGGAAAGGGACAUUUGUGA